AUGCUGGUGUUGCGGCAGGCAUACGAGUGGGGUGAGCAGAACUUCCUCAAGCCACACUUCCACUUCGACUCCAUCCUUGACGCCGGGGCCAACAUCGGCCUCACCUCUGUGCUCUUUGCCACCAUGUACCCCAAGGCGACGAUCAUCACUGUGCAGGCGUCGUCUUGCAACUUCCGCUCAUUGAAGCUCAACACGCAGCCCUUCCCCAACGUCAUUGCUGUCAAUGCUGCCUUGUGGCCCCGCGCGAUGAUCAUCAGUGUGGAGGCGUCGUCUCGCAACUUCCGCUCUUUGAAGCUCAACACCCAGCCCUUCCCCAACAUCAUUGCUGUCAACGCUGCCCUGUGGCCCCGCGUCGCCUCCCUCUCACUCACCCUCGUGCAGAGGAACCCCAAGCUGCUCCCUGAAUGGGCCUUCAUGGUCAAGGAGACUCGUGAUCUCGAGCCCGGGCAGGUUGUGGAGGACUCCCCUCUUGGCGUGACUGUGCCCUUCCUCCUCAAAGUUUUCGGGCUGCCCGGAUUCGACUUCCUCAAGAUCGACAUCGAGGGCAGUGAGGGCGAAAUUUUUCGCGAGGACAGGGAGAUGAACCCGGGGUGGGUGAACGAGUCGAAGCUGGCAGCACUGGAGCUGCAUGGAGACAUGGUGCCAGGAUCGAACUCGCUGACCUCAUUACGCACCUCCGCACUAGUGACACCCGCUACCGAGCUGCGCUUCCUGCUGAGUUCUUCGCUGCGAACCCCCCCCCCUAUGUACAUCACUCUCUACUACCUCGUCACCCGGCUCCCUGAAUCCCUUCGCUCAGUCAGGGACCACUUCCUCUCCCUUUGCCCCACCACACUCACCAUUGAUCUCCUCGAGGAGCGCCUCCUUGCAGCUGAGAAGAGUAUAGUCGCUGUAGGAGCCUCUCGUGGUGACCCUCUUGCCCCUUUCUUUGAGGGGUGCUCCCCUGUCCCCCUUUUGCCCUCUCUUGCCUCUGCUGCUGCUGUCGACCUCGUUGGCACUGAGUCGGUCGGCGCUGCGUCUGCUCCCAGUAAGAGGCGCCGCAGCGGCAGGAGCAAGGGGGGCAAGGGUGCUGGAGGGGAUGGCGGGGGCAGCGGUGGUGGCGGUGGAGGAGGCGGAGGGGGUGGGGGUGGAGCGACCGCAAUGGAGAGACGUGCGGUGGCCCGCACGCCAUGCUCCGCUUCGGGGGUUGCCAUCUUUGAUCUUGAUUAUGAUGCUAUCCUUGCUGCUAUGUAUGCUGUGACUAUUAGUGCCGAGGGUGACUGUUACCUGUGUGUUCCGCCCGACCCGGGCAUUGAGGCUGCUGCUCUAGGUGCUAGUGAGUCUGCUGCUCCAGAUGCUGGUGAGGGUGCUCUCUCAGGUACCGCGUCAGCUCAGGCCUUGCACACUUUCACCCUUGACUCGGGUGCUUCCCGCUCCUUCUUUCGCAACUGCACCACACUCUCGCCGCUCAGUCGGCCAGUGGCAGUCUCUCUGGCUGACCCCUCUGGGGGUCCGGUCCUUGCACAUUCCUCCACGAUCCUGCCGUGUCCGGCGGUCCCGUCUGGCUCUCUGUCUAGCCUCCACCUCCCCUCGUUCCCCACGAACUUGGUGAGUGGAGCUGACCUUCAGGACGCGUGGGUUGACCAGUUCACUCUCGGAGGUCAGCGGGUGACCCACUGUUCGUGUACUCGGACGGGCCGGCACCUGGCCACGUUCAUCCGUUAG